AUGGGGCUGCAAACUCUCGUUUUCGCAAGCUUUGUCACUUUGGCUACAGCUUCUUUGGCUACACCAUCGAUAGCUACCGACUGGCACGUUCAAAACCGCGUUGAAGCAAUCAUGUCGACAAUGGAUAUAGGUGACAUGCUUGGUCAAAUGACGCAGCUCGAUGUGAGCACAAUUUUGCAUCCAAAUCGCACUUUAAAUCAAGCUGUGGUUCACGAGCAUGCUAGACUAAAUGUCGGUUCUUAUCUUAAUUCUCCAGGCGCUGAGUUGAACGACUCAACUUCAAACUCAACCCACAUCUUUUCUCCUCUAGAGUGGCGCAAUUUGAUCACCGAAAUCCAAGACAUUUAUGCAAGUCACCACAGUCAUCCAAUCAUUUAUGGCCUGGACUCGGUGCACGGAGCCAACUACGUCCGUGGAGCAGUGCUUUUUGGACAGCAAAUCAAUGCUGCUGCAACAUUCAAUCCAGAACUGGUCUACAAUAUGGGGCGGAUCACGGCUCGUGAUACGGGAGCUGCUGGGAUUCCCUGGCUUUUUUCACCAAUUCUUGAAAUCUCGCGAAAUCCUCUUUGGGCCCGAACAUUUGAAACUUUUGGUGAAGAUCCUUAUCUUGUUUCCGUCAUGGCCGAUGCCAUUAUCCGCGGUAUUCAGAGCAACGGAACGACAGCGGCCUGUAUGAAGCAUAUUAUCGGCUACUCCAAGACUCCGACCGGUCACGAUCGCGUCGGCGUCACAAUAUCCGAUUUUGAAUUACUUAACCAAUUUGCUCCGUCAUUCCUGGCUGCCAUCAAAGCGGGAGCUAUGACGGCAAUGGAAAGCUAUAUUUCUAUUAACGGCAUUCCUGUCGUUGCCAACACGAAGAUCCUGCAGGAUCUUGUACGCCACGAUAUGCGCUUUGACGGUAUGAUUGUGACGGACUAUGCUGAGAUUCACAAUCUUCACGUGUGGCAUCGAGUAGCGAAGACCGAUCAAGAGGCAGUUCGAAUGGCCCUUACAAACGCUCCGCUCGACAUGAGUAUGGUGCCAUACAAUAUCUCUUUCAUCGACAUGGCUCGCCUGACGGUCGAGGAGAACCCUGCUCUACUGACUCGAAUUAGAGAUUCUACGCGACGUAUUGUAUCGACAAAGGUCAAGCUCGGCUUGUACGAGAACGCGCUUCCCGGAACUGAAGCUGAUAUUGCGCUUGUAGGUCAAAACGAGAGUCGUCAAGCAGCAUUAGAUCUCGCACGCGAGUCCAUUAUUCUCCUUAAGAACGAGAACAAUGUACUUCCUUUGAACGUGAACAGCGACGUUUUUCUUACAGGCCAUGCAGCAGACAAUGUUGGUCUCUUGUGUGGCGGGUGGUCACUGCGCUGGCAAGGCGUGUCCGGCAACAAUCUUUUUCCGAACGGAAUCUCGAUUCAUCAGGGAAUCAUCAACAUUUUGAACACGAGUUCUGGCUCGUAUCAUUUUGCCAAUGACCUUUAUCCUAAUGGUUCAUUCUCCUUGGAUGCUCUCCAGAUGAUCAAAAGUCGAGGGAUCCCGCCGAGCUACACGAUUGUAGCCAUCGGUGAAAGAGAAUACGCUGAGAAGCCUGGUGAUAUUGAUGAUUUGAGUUUGCCACAAGGUCAGAUCGAGUACGUCCGCGAAAUCGCUGCUACGGGUACUAAAGUGAUUCUUGUGUUAGUUCAAGGUCGCCCUCGUCUGUUGCAGGGUCUUGCGGAACUCGCUCAUGGUAUCGUUUACGCAAUUCUGCCGGGUGAGUUGGGCGGACAGGCGCUGGCCGAGAUUCUCUUUGGUCAUGUUAAUCGAUUUUUUUCUAAGUUAAGCUCAGCGUUCAUCAAACUACCAACCAAACCCGGCGAUCGCAUUGAUUUUUUUCAAUGUAUUGUGAAGCACUAA